GUGCAUUGGAACAUUACAAGUAAUUUUUUGUGGUUUAUUAAUUUUAAAAUGUCUGAGGGAAAAAGCCUUCUUCAAUAUGUACCAUUUGAAUCUUGUGUUGAUCCUACGUUUUGGCACAAAUUUGCUCAACUUAAACUCGAUGUAGAUAAGUUGGAAGAAAAGGUUAGACCAGUUUGGGGAUAUUAUUCCUACAAUUACAACAGAAUGGUUAAUGUUGACUGCACAUCUUUUAACAAGGAGUUUGGUGUACAUUCAAACUUUUGGAUAGCAAAAGGUUACCAAUUGAAUACAAACACAUUGGAAUCGUUCAAGAACCUGGAUAAGGUUAAGUUUCUGGAAGAUUAUGGCAAAAUUAUCAAAGAAGAUGUGAAAUCUGGUGAAGCAGCAGCCAACCCUUCUACCCUUGCAACUUUCAUUUUAAUAACAUUUGCUGACCUAAAAAAAUACCACUUUUACUAUUGGUUUGGAUUUCCAGCUUCUUCCAAACCAGUUUGUCAUCUACAAUCUGCGGCUGAAGAACUGAACAAAAGUCUCUCUGAAGAACAGAUAAACCUACUAUAUGAAAAACAUGGAGAGCUGCCACUAGAUCAACAAGGGUUUUUUGGUGUGUCCAUCAAAGACUCUGUUUUGUCACUUCAUUCAUUAAAGGAAAUGUUGGAUAUCAUCAGAGCAGAAGAUUCUGUUCAUGAGUAUCACUGGGGCUUCGUUGAUCCGUGUGACGAUCCUCAAAGACCUGGCUGGCCUUUGCGCAAUUUACUUCUUCUUGUCUACUUGCAAUGUCCAAACUUACGAGAGGAAACGCUUUCAGUUAUCUGUUUGCGGAAAAGAGGCAAAAGCAUAGUCCUGAGGAUCAACUUUGAAGGUGCUGAAGAAAUAGUGGAUGAAAAGUGGAUAGGAUGGGAGUUAAAUACCCGCGCAAAGUUUGGCCCAAGAUUUGUUGACUUAAGUUCUAAUAUGAACCCUGUUAAGCUCGCAGAGGAGAGUGUGGACUUGAACUUGCGGCUCAUGAAGUGGCGUUUGGCCCCUGACCUUGACCUGGCCUCUGUCAAGACAACCUCUUGUCUACUACUCGGCUCUGGUACGCUGGGAUGCUCGGUGGCACGAGCUCUUCUGGCUUGGGGUGUUGAAACAAUAACACUUGUUGAUAACGGCACAGUGUCGUACAGCAACCCUGUACGUCAGUCUCUGUUUACGUUCGAGGACUGUCAGAGAGAAACCAACAAAGCCGAGGCAGCGGCUGCAGCCCUCAAGCAAAUCUUCCCUGGAGUGAAAAGCAGAGGGGUAAAGUUGACGAUAUCCAUGCCGGGUCGAGGAGUAAACGAUAUAGACAGCGUGGCAGAACUGGAGAAACUGAUAUCGGAACAUGACGUUGUGUUUCUACUGACAGACACUAGGGAAAGUCGAUGGCUGCCUACUCUACUGGCCGCUAAACACAACAAGGUGGCAAUUACAGCAGCUUUGGGGUUUGACACUUACCUUGUGCUACGUCAUGGUAUGGCUGCCAGCUCUCAAAGGCUCGGGUGCUAUUUCUGCAAUGAUGUCACCGCCCCAGGAAAUUCCACUCAGGAUCGUACGCUAGACCAGCAAUGCACUGUCACUAGGCCUGGUGUGUCUCACAUAGCCGCGGCUUUGGCUGUAGAACUUAUGGUGUCUCUCGUGCAGCACUCGGAAAGGGGAGCGGCCGGAUCUGACAGCUCCUCGUGCCUUGGACAGUUACCACACUCUAUCCGAGGCUUCCUGUCGACGUACUCACAGAUGAUGCCUUCGACUCCAGCGUUCUCUCAGUGCACAGCGUGUUCGACAAAGGUGGUCAAAGAAUAUGAAAACCGUGGUCUUGAAUUUUUGAAAGAUGUGUUUAUGAGAACUGAAUACCUUGAAGAGUUAACUGGACUUUCAGAGCUCCAAAAGGCUACAGACUUCUCAGAAAUUCUGGAAUUCAGUGAUGACGAAGAAAUGUGAAUGUCUUUGCUUCCAUUACCACCCUUUAUCUGAGAUCUCAGGUUGUAUGAGUCAUCCUGACCAAAGAAGAUCAAGCAUCAAACACAUUGCAAUGAUAAAGAAUGGCAUAUUUAUUAUUGCACUUCUUAGAAUAUAUUUAUACACUUUUUUGUCAAGACUGAAAAUAUAACCCCAUAAUUGCAAGAGAACCAAUCAAAUAAUGUAAUAAUUGAUUUAUGACUCAGUACCUGAGGACCGAGCUUUGCUUGGGGAAAAUCAUUACGGCCCGACCCCUUAAGGCGCCUUGUGCGACUAGGUUUCUAUUAUUUCAAAUGGAGGUGCCGCACACAUCAUCGGGCACAGCAAGGUAAAGCAGCGCAGAACAAACCAACUAAAUUGUUACAAAAUACUCUAAAACGAGGUUUGUAGUGAUUGGUAUAAUUAAUCU